GCCUUCUUCUUCUUCCAAAUUCAAAGCCUUAAACCCUCUCUUUCUGCUGUCUCUUAAACCCUAGCUGAAUCAACUGUUCUUCUCAAUUCUCCACUUCACAAGGAAAAUCAGCUCAACAAUGGAGCCUGAGGCAUACACUGAUUCAAUGGACUUGAAGGUUAAAGAGUUGUUGAAGGAGGUCCGCCUUGAACACACAGCUUCCGUCACCAAGCUGGUCGACGAUACCGUUUCCGCCAUCAAGUCCGCCGUGGAAAGAGUCCCCCACGAUUUUCAGGUUACGGCUGAUUUAGCUCCGGCUUUUGUAAGAGACAUUGGGGCGGACAAAGUGGAGUUUAAGUUUAAGAAGCCGGAAUCUAUUGAAAUUGGUGGUAGUUAUUCAAUAGGUUGCGUAGCGAAACCAUAUCUCAAUGUGGAUGUCUUCCUCCGGUUGCCAAAGGAGUGUUUUCAUGAAAAGGACUAUCUAAACCACCGAUACCAUGCCAAAAGGUGUCUUUACCUUUGUGUAAUUAAGAAGUACUUGAAGUCUUCCUCGUUGAUUCAGAAGAUUGAAUGGUCCUCCUUUCAGAAUGAGGCUAGAAAGCCUAUUUUGGUUGCCUAUCCAGGUGUGAACCUCACUGAAGCUCCUGAUUUUAUAGUAAGACUGAUUCCUACAGCAACAUCAUUAUUUAACAUUUCAAAGUUGAAUUUAAAAAGAAACAAUGUCCGAGCUCAUAAUAUAGGUGGUAUUCCUCAGCCUACACCAAAGUACAAUAGCAGCAUCUUGGAAGACAUAUUUUUGGAGGAUAAUGCAGAAUUUGUCAAGAAGACCUUCUUUGGAUGGAAGGAAUUGAGUGAGGCCUUAAUCUUGUUGAAGGCAUGGGCUCGGCAGAGAAGUUCGAUAUAUGUGCAUGAUUGCUUAAAUGGUUUUCUGGUCUCCAUCAUUGUGUCAUACCUUGUUGCUCAGAAUAAGGUUAACAAGUCUAUGAAGGCAAUGGGGAUAUUUCGUGUUACAAUGGACUUUAUGGCUAAUUCUCAGUUAUGGAAGCGGGGGCUUUACUUUCCUCCACAAGGCCAGAAUGCUAUUUCAAAAGAGGGAAAAGAACAAUAUAACGAAUCAUUUCCAGUAGUGAUAUGUGAUUCUUCAACUCAUGUCAAUUUGGCAUUUCGAAUGACAAGUGUUAGUUUCUCUGAGCUACAAGAUGAGGCUGCAAUGACAUUAAAAUGUUUGGCAACAUGUAGAGAUGGUGGAUUUGAAGAGGUUUUUACAACCAAGAUUGACUACCCUGCUAAAUAUGACUAUUGCAUAAGAUUGAAUUUGAAAGGAAAUGAUGAGGUUUAUGCAUUGGGCUUUUGCUUGGAUGAUGAAUGUUGGAGAGUAUACGAGGAGAAUGUACAUAGUCUACUACUACAAGGAUUGAGUGAUAGAGCAAAAACUAUACGUGCUAUUUGGAGCAACACCCAUGCUGGAUACAGUAUAGAAAAUGGUUUUUCUGGACUUGAUAAUGAGCCAUUAUUUAUUGGGAUUUCAUUGAGUUCCUUAGAGAAGGCUUUUAGGGUUGUGGAUAUUGGUCCAAAUGCUGAACACAAAGAGGAGGCUCUCUUGUUCCGGAAGUUUUGGGGAGAGAAGGCAGAGCUUCGGAGAUUUAAAGAUGGUGCAAUUGCUGAAAGCACAGUGUGGGAGAGUGAACAGUGGGCAAGGCAUCUCAUUCUGAAAAUAAUUAUUGAUCAUUUACUCCAACGGCAUCUCUUGUUGUCAAAAGACAAUGUUGUGCAAAUAGUGGAUCAACUUGAUUUCUCCCUGCUUCAUGGUGGCAAAGACCCAAUUUCAUAUUCUGGAAGACUGCUUGGGGCAUUUGAAGAAUUAUCAAAGCGCUUGCGCAAUAUAAAAGAUAUUCCGUUGAGGGUAUCUAGUGUGCAACCAUUAGACUCUGCAUUUAGGUUGACAUCCGUUUUCCCUCCUGAACCUCAUCCACUUGCUAAAGAAAAGGUUGAUGUGGCUAGACUUCAAAACUUUACUCCACUCUGCAUUCAGACACUGGAAGUUAUGGUUCAGUUGGAAGGCUCAGGGAAUUGGCCAAUGGAUGAUGUGUCUAUUGAAAAGACUAAGUCUGCUUUCCUACUUAAAAUUGCAGAGAGUCUGCAGAAUAGCUGGGGGAUGCCAUGUACUGCUUCUGAGGAAGAUGUGGAUGUUUUCUUGGAUGGAUAUGCAUUUCAUCUUAGGAUAAUGCAUGAGAGAGGCCUGAGUUUGGUGAAGAAAGAAGUUGGAAGUGAUAUCAUGAAGCAGGUUUCAUCUACGGAUAGAAAACUUUUUCUUCAGAGUCAACAUGCUAGCAUGAUUAAUGGAUUGAGGGGUCGCUAUCCAAUAUUUGAGCCAGUUGUUAGGCUUGGAAAGCGGUGGGUUGCUUCACAUCUGUUUUCUGCUUGCUUGAUAGAGGAAGCUGUUGAACUGUUAGUUGCUUAUGUCUUUUUGAAGCCUCUGCCAUUUAAUGUUCCCUUCUCAAGGGUCAAUGGAUUUCUAAGGUUUCUGCGACUGCUGGCAGAUUAUGAUUGGACCUUUUCUCCUCUGGUUGUUGAUAUAAAUAAUGAUUUGAGCAGAAAUGAUGAGAAAGAGAUCAAUGAUAACUUUAUGCUAACUAGAAAAGCUUAUGAGGAAAAUCCACAAAAUAUAAGCACAGCAAUGUUCCUGGCAGCAGCAUAUGACAAGGCAUCUGAAGCUUGGACCACAUCCUCACCAAGCUCAUUGGAGCUUAAAAGGUUGGUUGCUUAUGCUCGAAGCAGUGCUAUCUUGUUGACAAAGCUCAUCCUGGAAAAUCAAACUGAUACCAACAGAUGGGAGUGCCUUUUCCGGACUCCUUUGAACAACUAUGAUGCUGUAAUUCUUCUCCACAGGGACAGAUUACCUUACCCUCAACGUCUUCUCUUCCCAUCUGACUUGAACCAAGGGAGGCAUGUGGCUCAUGGGAAGUCUAGCAAUGCUUUCCGACCAUUCAUGCUCCCUGGAGAUAUGAAGGGGGGUAUGGAGGCACUCAAAGCUAAGCUGCUGGUAAACUUCAAUCCACUGAUGUGCUUUGUGGGGGAUGUCGAGAAAGAAUUCCCUGGCACAUUCAAAUUGUGGUAUGACUCACUCGGAAGUGAUGCCGUUGGUCUUACAUGGGAGCGAUCAAAGAAACGAGAACGGCAGGAUGCAGAGCAGGAAAAUAAAUAUCUGGCAGACGAGCUAAAAGCUGUGGGUGAACUCGGGAAAGGGUUUGUGAGAGAUAUCUAUUUGCUCAAGGCUCCAAGAAUCAUGAAUUAAAAUUUGUUUUCUUGAGACUUACUAUUGGCAAAUUGCCAAAAUUUUGUUGUAAUUUCUUUUCUUCCCUCCCCCCCCCCCACCCCCCUCCUUUUCCUGUUCCAUUGGUGAACAAUUAGGGGAGAUUAAAUGUUUGUAAAUUAU